UGGUCCAGGAGGCCUGGGUCAGAGGACUGCUGCCUGCCUGUCUCUGCUCAUCCCACACAGCCUUUGGAUCUGUGCCUCCCAGCCAUGAGGACCCUCGCUCUGCUUGCUGCCAUUCUCCUGGUGGCCCUGCAGGCCCAGGCUGAGCUCCACUCAGGGAUGGCUGAUGACCUUGUGGACCAGCAACAGCCCCGGGCACAGGAUCUGGACGUGGCCAUCUACAUUAAACAGGAUGAAACCUCAGCCCUUGAAGUGUUGGGUGCAAAGGCAGGCAUAUUCUGUACUUGCAGAGGAUUCCUUUGUGGGUCUGGUGAACGCGCCUCUGGGUACUGCACAAUCCGUGGAGUCCGCCACACACUCUGCUGCCGCCGCUGA